GGAACAGCGGGCGGAGCCCGUGGAUGGUGCCGCCGCCGCCGUGUGUCUCGUCUCCCUUCGCUUUACCUCGCCGCCAUCUUUCUCCCACUCCCACUCCCCCCCAACACAACCGCCUCCGCCGCCGCCUCUACCUUGCCUGCCUACCGUUGGCGAUGCUCCCGACCGCAAAAUCUGCCACGGCACCCACGCUGUCGCUGCCUCCGUCGCGGCGAGCUAUCAUCCCUUCGGAGUUCGGAGGUCCACCUGACGGUAAACCAGUUCCUUGGCAUCUCCCUUUUCCGUGCCCGUGUACUUCUCAACCCACACUUCCUUCCGUGGACCGGCACUGCGGCAGCGAUUCUUUUGUUGCAUUCCGGUGUCAAUUCGUCUUGCCGCCGUGCGAAUGCAGAGUUCCUGCGCAUUUGAUUUCUUUGCGUUUCCAGCUUUGCAAGUAUCGCUGUAGAUUGAUGUGGCACUGGCACGAUCACCCAUAAGUCCGUGCUGUGCUUGGUCUGCAAUUCCCCUCAACAGACAGGUCGCGAUGCUGAAUAAUCCACUGGUGGUUGUGCAAGUUCACAGCUUUGGCCAAUGCAUUUCCAGCGAGUUGGCGAGUCUCAGCACCAGCUACUACGCCGCACAUCUUGGAAAUUUUCGCCCAUCGAAGCGACCAACUUGAUGGUCAUUGGUUAUCCCUGACUUUAUGUCUGUAGACGUAGCAUUUAUCCCUUCGUCCUCGAGUGUGUGCCCUAUCCUAUAGUCUGAAAUUUUCUUCACUAAGCUGGACGGUUCCUCUUAUCCCUUGCAAAUGUGACAACUGACAAGAACCGCAUUUCAGUCCUCUUAUUCCUCUUAUCAGUAAGCUGGACUAUUCCUUGGGGUUGAACUGUCCGAGGCAACGGUCUUAACUACCUUGGUGCUAUCUCCUUGCUGCGUUCUCCACAACCUUAUGCCAACUUGCAAAGGCCUAAUGGGCAUGGCCUGCCUCCUCGUUUUCAUCUUCCUGUGCAUGGUUUGCUUAUGCCAAUCCGAUGACAAGCUAACACCUGCAAAGCCACUCUUGCCUAGCGACGUGCUCGUCUCAGACGGCGGUGUCUUUGCUCUCGGCUUCUUCUCCCUGAAAAACUCAACUUCGAGCUCGUAUGUCGGCAUAUGGUACAACAACAUCCCCGAGCGCACAUACGUGUGGAUCGCCAACCGCGACAACCCGAUCACCACCGAUCUGCCCGGGAAACUGGUUUUUACCAAUAGUUCUGACCUUGUAUUGUUAGACUCCACAGGCCGCACUCUUUGGACGACGACAAACAACAUCACCGCCGGAGGCGGCGGGACUGCUGCCAUCCUGCUCAACUCGGGGAACUUGGUUGUCCGGUCGCCAAACGGCACUGGCAUAUGGGAGAGCUUCCAUUACCCGACUGACACAAUCGUCCCCAACGUAAGUUUCUCGUUGAGCUCGGCCGAUGGUGCUAAGCGCCUUGUUGCCUGGAAAGGGCCUGAUGACCCAUCCAGCAGUGACUUCUCCAUGGGCGGCGACUCUAGCUCAGACCUCCAGAUUGUCGUUUGGAAUGGGACAAGGCCAUACUGGCGAAGAGCCGCGUGGGGUGGUAACUUGGUGUUCGGCACGUUCCAGAGCAACACCAGCUUCAUGAUGUACCAAACGAUAGUGGACACAGGGGACGGGUACUACAUCAAAUUGACCGUCUCUGACGGCUCACCGAGCAUACGUUUAACUCUGGAUUACACAGGCAUGGUAAGUUUUCGAAGAUGGAACGACAACACAUCUUCAUGGACAAUCUUCAAUCAAUUCCCCAGUCCGGCAUGUGACCGUUACGACUCUUGUGGCCCGUUUGGCUACUGCGAUGGCACUGAGUCUGUUCGGACAUGCAAGUGCCUCAAUGGGUUUGAGCCCAAUGGUCUUAACUUUUCCCUAGGAUGUCGGCGAAAGGAGGAGCUGAAAUGUGGUGAAGUAGAUAGUUUCUUGACCUUGCCUGACAUGAAGACUCCUGACAAGUUCGUGUACAUCAGGAACAAAAGCUUCGACCAAUGCACAGCAGAAUGCAGCCAUAACUGUUCUUGUACAGCGUAUGCUUAUGCGAACCUGAAAAAUGUCGACACAAUGCUGGACCGGUCGAGGUGCUUGGUUUGGAUGGGGGAGCUUGUCGAUAUGGAGAAGUUUAGUAACGAUUUUGGUGAGAACCUGUAUCUCCGGCUUCCCAGCUCACCAGUUAGCAAGAAGAAGAGCACUCUACUGAAGAUUAUACUCCCGGUUAUGGCUAGUUUGCUUCUUCUACCCACAUGUAUAUGGUUUGUAUACAAGUCAAGAGGCAAAUACCAAAGCAAGAAAAUUCAGUACAAUCAUACACUGCAACAUUUGGAUGCUUCCAAUGAACUUGGAAAUGAAAACUUAGAAUUUCCAUCAGUUUGCUUAUUAGACAUCAUCACUGCAACAAACAAUUUCUCCGAUUAUAACAUGCUUGGAAAAGGUGGAUUCGGAAAAGUUUACAGGGGAAUAUUGGAAGGUGGCAAGGAUGUAGCGAUCAAAAGGCUUAGUAAAGGUUCUGUGCAAGGGGUUGAGGAGUUCAGAAAUGAAGUAGUUCUGAUUGCCAAACUGCAGCACAGAAACUUAGUUAGACUUCUUGGUUACUGCAUUCAUGAAGAUGAGAAGUUACUGAUAUAUGAAUACUUACCUAACAAAAGCUUGGAUGCCUUCCUUUUUGAUGCUACAAGAAAAUCUGUGCUUGAUUGGCCGACCCGGUUCAAAAUAAUUAAAGGGGUUGCGAGAGGGCUUCUUUAUCUCCACCAAGAUUCAAGGCUGACAAUAAUUCAUAGAGAUCUCAAAGCAAGUAACAUCUUGUUGGACACGGAAAUGAGUCCCAAGAUAUCAGAUUUUGGUAUGGCAAGGAUUUUUGGUGGAAACGAGCAACAAGCAAACACUACUCGAGUAGUUGGAACAUAUGGUUACAUGUCUCCUGAAUAUGCGAUGGAAGGUUCUUUUUCUGUCAAGUCUGACACAUAUAGCUUUGGUGUUCUACUGCUGGAGAUUGUAAGCUGCUUAAAGAUCAGCUCACCCCAUCUCAUAUUGGACUUUCCAAACCUUAUUGCUUAUGCAUGGAGCUUAUGGAAAGAUGGAAAUGCAAGGGAAUUGGUGGACUCAUCGGUUGUGGAGAGUUGCUCCCUUCACGAAGUUAUACGGUGCAUUCAUUUAGGACUCUUAUGUGUUCAAGACCAUCCAAAUGCUAGGCCACUCAUGUCUUCCGUUGUGUUCAUGCUGGAGAAUGAAACAGCCCCACUUCCUACCCCAAAGCAACCUGUGUAUUUUACACUUAGGAAUUAUGAAACUGAUCAGUCAAAUGAACACAUGAGAAGAUCUCUGAAUAACAUGAGUAUCACAACACUAGAGGGGCGUUAAAUGUUUGGUUCCACUGUUCCUUAUUUUGUAAACUUCUUUAAUCUAUGAUGUUGUACAACUACACUUGUAAUCCAUAUUUGUACACAAAAAUUCAACACGUUGUAUUCCGUGGUUUGUGUUCACUAAAAAAAUUCUCUAGUUUGUACACUUCACUAGUUUGUGCAACUGUUUUCACUUUGUCAAAUGGAAGAAGACUGCCUGAUCAUGUGUGGGUCACUUACGAGUCACUGCCUAUGCAGUUGUUUUCCCUGUAAGAAUGUUCUGCUUCU